AUGGUUCACUUGUGUGACAUGGACACUUCUAAAAUUGGCACAAUUAAGAAUGCUGCGAAAAAUGUGGUUAUCCACAACAAAUAUCCAGGCUAUAACUGCCAGGACUAUAUCCUUGAGCUUCUGGGUGACUUGGAGAAGAAGAAUAUUAUCAACAAGAGCAAGACCAAUUAUAAACAUAACAAGAAAGUUGUUCAAAGCAAGCAGGAGGGAUUGGUGAACUGA